GUCCUGGCGCAUCGUCUGUCGCUAGACGUCGCCGCUCAAGCGUUUUCGCGGUGGCAGCACCGGCUAAGAACCGAAGGCGAUCGCAGUCCAUUUUCCUGACGUUGGACGCUUUGAGGGCACGAGGCGAUGGCUGCGGGCUGCGGGCUGCAUGGUUGUUUCCGGAGCAGAGUCGGGAGCCGCUGACUGGUGCUCGCUGCGGAGGUCCCGCUAGCCUGGCGGGGCCUGACUCCACGCGAGCGGUGGCAAGUCCGUCGACGGAGCGUUGACGGCCCGGCCUGAAUGUACAGCGGCAGUCAUGACCUGCCGGAGGGGAGGGAGGACGCUGGGCGACUGCCGGCAGGCGUCCAGCCGGCCCAAGGCAACAGCACGGACUCCCAAGUUCAGGCGCAGGCGCUAGCGGAGCUGCUCGCGGACUGCGCGGAAGGCGGGGCGGAUGACAGCGGCCUCUCUGCAGACGGGGACUCGCCAUUGCAGCAGCCGCAUGCGGUACCGCCACCCGGCCAGGGGCAGUCGUAUAUGUGGCAAGCGCCCGUCGUGCAGCAGCCGCACCAGAGGCCGCCCUUUCCGCCGGCUGCGUUCCCGGCGCCGCAACAGCAGCAUCCCCCGCGCGUGCACCUGCCGGGUGCGGGCGGGCAGCACCACCCGCCUGCUGGAUGGCCUCCCGAACACGUGUCGCGUGCGGGCGGGCCUGCGCAAGAGGUGCCGCACCCACACCAGCAGCCGCGGGGGGCCGUUACGUACGGCUAUCCAGGCGGGCUUCGGCAGUACCACGACGGCGCAGCACCGCAGCAGCACCUGCAGCAACACCAGCAGCAGCAGCACCAGCAGCAAAAUCCAUUGUGGGUACCAGCUCCGUACAAUCAGCACCAACAACACCAGCAGCGGCCUCCGCCGCCGGCGCUGGCAGCCGCCGGCGGUCUGGCCGCCGCCCCGCCUGUCAUCGCCGUCUCAUUGGCACCGGGCCAGCUGUGGUCCAUGGCUGCGCCAGCUGCCGGCCCGGUGCCGCCGCACCCGCCCCCACAGCUGCAGCUGCCUCCGGGCCUGCAUCCGCCUCCGGGCCUGCAGCCGCCUGCUGGCUUGUGGCAAUCGCCACUGGAGGCGGCCCUGGACGCGGCCGGACCCAUUGCGGCACAGUACGUGCCGCACGCACCCUGCUACGGGCCCCUGCAAGGGGCGCCGCCGCCAGGCCCCCACGCCGCAGCCGUUCAGGCGGCCGUAGAGGCCGCUUUGGCGCAGGUGGCGGCAACGGCUACAGCCUCCGCGGCGCCUUUAGCCGCCCCGCUGCCGCAGCGGCAGCCUAGCACCCUGCCAAUUCCAACCGCCGCAGUGUCUGAUCCAGCUGCCAGCGGCGCGCUGGCGAUCCACCGCAGCAGCGGCCAGGACUACUACGCGCUGCUGUGGGAGCACCUGUGGGCGGCGGUGGCGGGCGGGGUGGAGCCGAAGGAGGCCUGGCCGCGGCGGGACCCGCAGGAGCCGCGGCAGGUGGUGUUUGCGCAACGCAAUCUCCGGGGCAGCGGCGCCAGUGCGCUGGCCGGCCCCUCAGGUGGCACGCUCAAGUUCUGCGGAACCAGGAGCGCCGGCGGCGGCGCCGGCGGCGCCGGCGGCGACGUGGAUGUGGAUGUGGCUGGCGGCAACGCUGCCCCGCGGUAUGAGGGUGACAUGUACCUGUACAAGACACGCGGGAAGGUGGACGGCGGCGGCAACGCUGAGUGGCCCGAGGGCAGUGUGCUGGAGCGCUGCCAGCUGGCGCUGCCCACCCGCGCCUUCACGGAGCAGGAGGCUCUGGCCAAGUUGGGGGUGCCGUCAGUUGAGAAGUUCAUGUUUCGCGGGCGGCACAAAGAGGCCUGGGUCUACACGGAGAAAUUCCUGUUUGUGGCUGAGAAGGCGGACGAGCAGCCGCGUGAGCGGCGCGCAUCAGCAGCCGGCAGCGGCCGCAGCGACAGUGCCGGCCUGCCGGGUGACCCCGCCUCAGGCCAGGCGGAGGUGCAGCAGGCGACGCAGCAGGGCGGCGGCGGCGGCGGCGGCGGCAGGAGAGCCCAGCGGCUCAGGGGCGGCGGCGGCAGCGGCAGCGGGGCGGCACCGAGGCCGCAAACGGGCCGGCGGCGACGUCGCUCGGAAGCUGAGGCGGAGGCGGAGCACGAGGCAGGCCCAGCCGCCGCGGGUUCCGCUGCCGUGCAAGCGGAGGCGCGGCAGGGCCUGGAGGUCGAGGAGGUGAAGAGGGAGGAGCAGGCGCCACCGCUGGGGCUGUCGGCGCAGACCGACGCUGCUGCUGCGGGCAGUGGUGGUGCCAGCAGCGGCCCGGCUGCAGGACCGCGCGGCCACUCGCAACCGCUGCUGCUACCGCGGCUGCCUGGGGCGCCGGGUGCUCGUGCGCAGGCGCAGGAGCCGCCGUCGAAGACGACGUGGCGGCGUGUGCGCGCUCACAACUGCGCCACGGCGUUCAUGGAGGCAGUCGUGAUGGGCAACAUCCAGGCCAUGCAGGCGCUCCUGCCGGAGCUGCCGCGGCGUGGCAAGCCGCCCGCCAUCGACUGGCCGGCGUUGACCUGUACGGUGGUCUCCACGGCCGCCGACGCCACGAGCGGCCGCCGGCGCGAGCGGCACACCAGCAGCUACUCGCCGCUGCACCUGGCCCUGACCUUUGUAGAAAUGUGGCCGCACCGGCCCGAGGCGACCCAGGACAGCUACACGGUGCCGCGCAUGGCCGUGGCUUGCAGCGGCUGCCUGGCGGCGCCGCGCCACCAUCACCAGCAGCGGCAGCAGCAGCAGCAGCAGCGGCAGCAGGAGUGCGGAGCGCAGACCGGCUGCUGCCGGCUGGGGUUGGUGCGGUGGCUGCUCGAGCACUCCACGCCUGCUGCUGAAAUGGCCGGCGAUACUGCUGAGAUGGCCGGCGAUGGAGGCGGCGGCGCAUGCAGCAGUCAAGGAAGCGGCCGGUCGCCGCUGCUGUCAUUGCGCACCACUCACAGCGGCUCUGUGCCGCUGAUGACGCUGAUGCGCUACGCCGACGCGGACGGCCAGGACUGGAGCCCGCUGGUGGCGGAGGUCAUGGCGCACAUGACCUGGAGCGAAUACGCGGCGGCAGACGACGACGACGACGCGCGGAGCAAGAAAGGCUGGUACCCGCACCACAUCGGGGCGUCUCAGGGCGACCGGUGGCGGCGACCGCCGACAGCGCAGCCGCCGGGCGGCCUGCCGGGCAGCGACAAAGGCAGCCAGCGGUGUCUGGAGGAAUGCUUGCGCCAGCUGCUGCGCCUGGCGAAAGAGCAGCUGCAGCAGCAGCAGCAGCAGCAGCAGCAGCAGCAGCAGCAGCAGCAGCAGCAGCAGGGGCCGGGGCAGCAGGGGCCGGGGCAGCAGGGGCCGGGGCAGCAGGGGCCGGGCCAACAGCCGGGCCAACAGCCGGGGCCGGGCGGUGGGGCCGCAGGCAGCGCUGGCGACGACGGCCACCGCAGCACGGGCGGCAGCAGCCCAGCCGGGCGACAGGACUGUGACGCAAGGCCGCACUGGAGCGGCGUCAGUGGCCCCAGUGACCACUUCGGCACUGCCGCCGCCGUUGCUGCCGCCGCUGGCAGCCCUGUGGACGCCGCGGGCCUGGACGCCGCUGCCAGGGCGAUGGUGGCGGGUCUCAUGUACGGACUCAGCUCCAGCAAGUUCGACGGGCGACCGCUGCUGGAGGCGGUGGCUCGGAGCUUGGACGUGUGGCCGGAGGAGGAGGAGGAGGCAGGCGGGGGCGGGGGCGGUGGUGCUAGUAAUGCUGCUGCGGCUGCGGCGGCUGCGGCUGCGGCGGCUGCGUCUGCGGCGGGGCUGUCGCUGAAGCAGGAGCCGCGCAUGACAGAGAGUGGGCCCGUGGCGGGUGGUGCCGUGCGCGGUUUGGCUGUUGCAGUGGUACAGCCGGCGCCAUUGCAGGAGCAGCCUCAGACGCACGCCCAGUGCGAGGGGACCAGCGCCGGGCCAGCAGAGGCGCGCAACGGCAUGGCACAGCCGCCAGCGCCGCCGCAGCCGCCACCUCCAGCGCCCCUGCCCCCACCGCCGCCACCUCCAGCGCCCCUGCCCCCACCGCCGCCGCCUCCUACAUGCCAGAGCUACCACGAGUAUGAGCGAUACUGCACUGGCAAGUGGGUGCUGAGCGGGCGGCUGCGGCAGCUGCUGCGGCUGGAAGAGGAGGAGGCGGGGUGCGCGCAGCAGCAGAUGCAGCAGGCGGAGGCGGGCGAGCAGGCGGCGGAGGCACAGCUGCAAGCGCAGAACGCUGCAGCUGCAGCUGCUGUCAAGAAAUGAGUAUCGUGAGUGUAUUGAAGGCGGAUAGGAAGCAUUCAGUUCGGGUUUGCCUCACUGUCGUUAGCGUACCGAUUCAUUGCGAGGGAUGCGUGGGCGCGCAUGCACUCAUGCGCUGGGUUUGUGGGCGUGGGUUUGUGGGUUUGCCUCGAAGCAUGGAUCGAAGUUGGGGCACAGAUGGGAGUUGAGCGACGAGUGUGGCUGUACAAGCGCUGUACACGUGACAAACGGUAAAACUUUUGGCGGGAGGGGGUCGGGCCCAUUGGAGAGGAAGGAAGGUGCGGGUUGAGGCGGGUUAGGACGCGAGCUGCACACUUGCCAUGGGCCCAAAAUCCGGGAACACGUAUUCCCCGCUGGCUUCUGCUUGCGCUCCUGUUGCUUCUUCUUGUUCUCCGGCUUCUGGGCGCGCUCCUGUUGCUUCUUCUUGUUCUCCGGCUUCUGCUCGCGCUCCUGUCGCCUCUUCUUGGUCUCCGGCUUCUGCUCGUGCUCCUGUCGCUUCUCCUUGGUCUUAUAAGGCAUCCUUAUAGGGCAUGUACUGUUAGACACUGUUAGUUGUAAGCGUAGCGUGCCUUUAAGCUUAAAACUAUUUCUCGGGGGCUUAAGUCCUCCCGACGGUCCGCGAACCGACACAAUGCCGUACUCUACUGGCGGGGAGGCGCGAGGGCAGACAAGGAGACACGACAAUACCGUUGCUACCUGGUGCUCUCUUUACCUUUGAACAAGGCGCCUCGAUGCAUGAACUGCUCACCACAGCACUUUGCCCCGGGCUUUGUAAACUUUUUUCUUG